GUGUUUAACAGGAUCUAUUAGCACAAAAAGUAAACCCAAAAACUGGCUCAGUCUCUGCUUUAAGAUUUGUUGGCUAUGGCCGGCAUGCAUGCAUGGGAUGCUAAUACAAUGUUACCAUUCCAUUACUUUAUUUAUAUCACCUUUUUUAUAAAUCUGAAAUUCAAUGCAACAAGACAAACAAAAUAAUAUGAUACUCUGAAACUUGAUCCUUAAAUCUCAAAUGUUUACCAUUCAAAGCUUCAUUCUCCGAAUCCAUGAAAAAGGCCACAAAUGUCUGGGUUUUCAUCUUCAUAAUCAUUGUCAACGUUGCAUUUUCCCAGAAAACAAACUGUACCCUUGAUUUCGAGUUCAAAGGUGCCUCAAAUUCAAGCAAUGAGAAUGGCGAUUGGGGUGGAUUUCUUAACCAAAACCGUUGUGGAACCACAUUCAAUGGCUACCUCAAAGCAUUGGGGGUUAGAGCAAAUCAAACUGGGUUUAUAUUCUUGGAUUCAAGUGAGCAAACGAGGUGCUUGAAUUCAAUGAAAAGAUUCGAUUGUGGGAUGGAGAAGCUAACAUCGGGUGGUGGGGGAUGCUCCAAUUAUUCGACGGCCGAUGUUGAACAAAAACUGGGGAAUGAGCUGCGGAGUUUGAGUGAAAAUUGUAGGUUUGCUUCAUGUGGUUCGUGUGUUAGAAGCUGGGAAUCCAUUAAUGGAGGGUCGAAUUUAGAAGAGUCGAUGAUUUGCAGGUUUGCGGUGCUGGUUUCAUUAACAAGUCUUAAGGUUGAAGAUGAGGAGAAUAUUCAAAGGAUUUAUGAAUGCCUUUCCAAUAACACCCGCGUUUAUGGAGAGAAGGAAGAAUUAACAAAGAAAUCAAAAGGAAAAAGGGGUAUUUGGAUUCUAAUUGGAUGCAUAGUGGGGUUUGUUGUCAUUAUUGUUACAGUCAUCAUCUUCUCCAAGACAUGUUGUAAAUCAAAACCAUCCUUCAAAACACAUGCAAUUAAGGAUGUUUUAUUGAAGAAACCAGGUUGUCCCAAAUUCCCAAUCAAAGAGGUUUAUUUUGCUACCAACAGUUUAGAUGAAUCAAAUUUCAUUGGUGAAGGAACUGCUGGAAAGGUGUAUAAAGGCAUACUAUCAAACAAGGAGCAUGUUGCAAUAAAGCACAUUAUAAAGGAUGGAAAGGUGGAGACAUUUGUGAGGGAAGUUACAAGUUUAUCUCACAUCAACCAUCCAAACCUUGUGAGAUUGGUUGGUUAUUGUUCAAGUAAACAACAUUGCUUCCUCAUAUAUGAACUCUGCCCUAAUGGGAACCUUGCAAAUUGGCUAUUUGGGAAAGACAGGGUGCUUUCAUGGAUCAAGAGGCUGGAGAUCGCGGUCGGCAGUGCUCGAGGUCUUCAGUUUCUCCAUACAUAUUCUGAAGGCUGCAUAGUUCAUCGUGAUAUCAAGGUCAGUCAACGUAGUUUCUCUCCAAUAAUAUCGCAAAAUCAAGUUAUGAUGGGUUUUAGUGUCUUAACUUUGCAGCCAACAAACAUUCUGUUGGGGCCAAACUUUGAACCGAAGCUGUCGGAUUUUGGGUUAUGUAAGGUGAUUGAAAUUGGGGAAACCUAUGUGAGCUCCGAAGUUAGAGGAACAUUCGGGUAUGUCGACCCUGAAUAUCAAAACGAUCGCCGAGUCAAUUCAUCUGGCGAUGUUUUCAGCUUUGGAGUUGUGUUGCUCCAGAUCCUGUCGGGGAAGAAGGUUUUCAAUUUGAACCUGGAAAAACCAAUCCCCUUGAAUAAAAUGGCCAGAAUCCUAAGAAGAGGUGGGAGUGUACAACGAUUUGCAGACCCAAAACUUGAAGGCCAAUACUCAAUGGAAGCUUUUGACAUAACAUUCAAGCUGGCACUCUCAUGCACAUCACUCAAACAACAACGACCAUCAAUGGAGCAAGUUGUUGUCAACUUAGAGAAGGCCCUUCACAUUUCAACAAUGGCCACUGCUUCAACUCCACAAACCACACCCUAACUCACCAAUACUUUUCAAUUCUCAUCUAUAAUUCUUGGCCUUUUUAUAAAAUUUCGAGGGUUAAUGUAGUAGAAAAAUAUACCUUUAAACGAAUUUAUUUGAUCAAUUAGGAGACAAUUAAUAAAAUAACUAAAAAAUAUGUAAUUUAUAAAAGUAGAGGAUUAACCAGGAAAUAUGUAUUGUCUUCUUUUUUCGAGUUUCUUAGUUGAUGUUAUAAAGGUAAAGCGUUUGCAGCAAACUAUUUUAUGUGUAGAACAAUUAAGAAAUACUAUUUUCAGGAUAUAAUGCUUUUA